AUGGGAGACAGAGCGGAUGAUUUGCAAAUAACGGAGGCGUGUUUACCCCUUCUGACACUCCGCUUCCUCCCCUGCAACCCCCCGCCCCCCUCCUCUCACCCUAUCUCGCCAGCCUGGAUUGAUCAAAGCGGGCUCUGAAUUAUUUAUCUAAGCCCACCGCCACCACCGCAGCUGACACCGCUGGGUAAACAGCCACUGCGGUCGCGCCGAAAACACCGACUUAGCCUAUUUGGGCGGCCUGAAUUAUUUAAUCGUGUAAUUAUUUUGCGCUGUUUGGCGGACGUGGUGAUGGAUGAAGACAAAGCGCUCUUCCGCUAG